AUGGACAAGGUGUGUCAUUUAAAUAAUAGUCCAACAAAAGUCCAAAACCCCAAACGGAGACGGAUCCAUUCAGAGCAUAAUGAAAAUAUUCCGACAAAAGUCCAAAAUUCCAAACGGAGACGGAUCCAGUUAGAUCAUAAUGAUAAAAGUCGGACAAAAGUCCAAAACUCUAAACGGAGAUGGAUCCAGUCAGAGCAUGAUGAUCAAAGAACAGAUAGUAGAGAAACGCAGUCAGCUAGAGAACGUAAACAUCAUCGUACGGAUGUAGGUGAAUCAAAUGAUAAAGAGGCAAAACAUCAGGGUGUCAAAACGAAAAAGCCAUUGAAAAGAAAAACCGUGAGGAAAUCGGAAGAAGAUGCCCAUCUUGAUGUAGGAUUUCAAACGAAGAAGGUUCAGAGAGUGCUUCGAUCGUCAAUUAAACACACCAAAGAGAGGAAGGAAAAAGUAAAUAAGCACCCUAAUUCUAAACUGAGGCUACAAUUGAAGAAAAACGGAGACAAGAAAGAAGAACUUCAAGGUAGAAUUCUGCCCGAAAAAUUUAAAAACCAGGGUACACAGAAAAAAACCACAAAACCACGAGUAAGAUGUUCGGCCUUUAAUAGAAAACCCAUUCCAAAGAAGGAAAAACAAUUAAGAGCAAACAAACGCCUGAAUUCUAAAGCCGAGAGCUUUAAAAAGUCAAAAGCAAAGAUGAUCAAUCAAAUUUUGCCAAAGAAUAAAGACAUAUUGGUUCAGGAAAAACAAAAUACUGUACCAGACGAAACGUCUGCAAAAACUUUUUCCAGCUUGUUUUUAAAGAAAAUAAAAGUAAAACUUCAUCAUACUUUAGACCACACAUGGGCAAACAUACACGGAAUCAGUGUAUCUGAAGAUGAUCUAGUAUGGGUGAACCAUUUGGUAAACACAGUACAUCUUCAAAAUACAACAGGAGAGGUGAUAAGAACUUUUGAAUUAGACUUCAGACCUGUAUUCAAUUGUUGCACACCCUCUGGUGACGUUUUUUUAACACAGGGAUAUGGUGCCAAUGCCAAACCUACUAUAAGCUUAUUAUCACGGGAAGGAGAUAUAAAAGUUGUGGCCGAUCUUUCUUCGUACGCUUCAAAUCUUUGUGGAAUUUUAUGCCAAGAUGAAAGAAUAUACGUUGUUGCCUAUUGUGCAGAAGAUAAAAAUUACUUUGUUAUCAAACUGAAUAUAAAUGGAGAAGUUGAAAACGUUUACCAUACACAGAAGGCGUCAGAUAACAUAAAUCAGAUCAUAUCUCUAAAUGGUCAAAUAGCUGCCAUUCGCACAAAUUCAGACGGUUUGAUGCCUUUGGAAGCCGAUCGAAUUUCCUCAGUAAAGAUGAACAAAGUAAACAUGACUUUGUAUUCAGCGAGUGCAUCAGUGGACAAGUUAGGGAAUGUUAUCAUGGCAUCAAACGCAUCCCUCUUCAUCAUCAAUCCAAGUCUGGAGUACAUGCAUGAGAUAGAUACUGGUACUUCUGAAGAAAUCAUCUCAACAGCUGUUGAUCAACAAAAUCAGUUGUGGUUCGGUACCAGAUCUGGAAAGUUGUAUUCUACAAAAUACCUUAAAUAAUUAACAGCGUUCAGUUAAUGUUUCAAAGAACUUAUUGGAAAGUUAAUUAAAUCAAAGAAUCGAAAAUACAACAAGGAAAAACAGAAAUAUAGAAAAGGAACUUUUAUUAAUUUACUAUUGCUGUAUCAUAUAUACAUAUAGUUGAUAUGAACUGUACACAAUACAUUGCGAGUCCACUACCAAAUUAAAGUUACAUCGACUCUUUUAAUAUAAAUUAAGUCGUACCAAAAUUUCGGGACCUAAAACCCCAAGGCCAAGCAAAUGCAAAAUAUGAAGAUACCCUACAUGCAUGUUCAACUUAUGGAUUGGGAUGAGACUGAUUGUAUCAAGAAACUUUAUUUACAAGUCUCAAUGACUCUUGCUUGACAAUCAUCGCUGACUUUCUGUACAUUUCCUUAACUAUUUCUUGUUCAGCAGCGAGCUUAAAUGAUUUAUUACAGUACCAACCAGACCCAACCUGACACAAAGCAGUCCCA